AUGGGAAAGAUAAUCUUUUAUGAGGAUAGGAACUUCCAGGGCCGUUCCUAUGAGUGUAGUUCUGACAGUUCUGAUCUACACUCAUACUUUAAGCACUGUAAUUCCAUUCGGGUGGAAAGUGGAAACUGGAUACUUUAUGAAAACCCUAAUUACAGAGGACAUCAAUACUAUCUCAGUAAAGGAGAGUUCCCUAAUUUCCAGCAAUGGAUGGGAUACAAUGACUCUAUUAGGUCCUGUCGUCUGAGUCCUCAGCAUCAUGGCUCCUUCAGAAUGAGGAUCUAUGAGAAAGAAGACUUCAGAGGUCAGAUGAUGGAGUUCACUGAAGAUUGUCCUCAUGUCUAUGAGAGAUUUCGCUACCAUGACAUUAACUCAUGCAAUGUAAUUGAUGGCUACUGGAUGUUCUAUGAAGAGCCAAACUACAGAGGGCAUCAGUACUACCUAAGACCUGGAGAAUUCAGAAGAUACAGUGAAUGGGGAGCCUUAAACUCCAGAGUUGGCUCCUUCAGAAGAGUACAUUAUUUCCAUUAA